GAUAUGAUGUGGGACCUCUUCUACGAAAAGUCUGCAGUGCAGCUGGUGUACCGAAUAUGGAGGACGAUGUACAAUCAUAAGACUGUCAACAAAGACACGCAGCUGAGGCUCGGCUACAUAAAGUUUAUCAGCGAAGAGAUGAUUUUCUUCAUAACGGCAGCUAACGGUCUUUGCCACACUGCUAACCCCAAGUUUGCCUCUAAGGAAGAGCAAGAACUAGCCCCAAAAAGGGUGAAUUCUGUGCUCCACAGCAAACUACUGGGCCAAAGCAUGCUCUGCAGUGAAAAGCGAGAACUUUACAGACCACCUUGCCGGGGUCUCUUCCAAGAACUUGAGCGUGUGGACGAAGCAUUGUGGACCGUAGAAAGUUGGCGGAAUGCCAAGAAAGUGCUCGUGGAAUAAAACAUUCGGUGU